AUGUUCUCUUCACAUUUUCUUCAUUAUUUUUUUUUUUAAAUUUUAUCCUGAACUUUUUCUUAAGGGCACAUAACCCACCAACAAAUUAAGUGAAAUACAAUUCAAUAAAAUAAAUUUAUUUAACCCUAAAGAAAAAAGAAGAAAUAAAAAGAAAAGAAGGUCUUUGAUUUUUCUCUGUAGGAAGUUGAAACUGGAGAGAGAGUUUCUUUUUUGACUUGCUCUUAUCAGUUUCAAUGAAGUUUCUUUCUCUUCCAAUAUUUGCUCAAGUGUUUCUGUGUUAAUUGAUUGUAGUAGGGCAAUCAACGAAAUGGGUUGUGUUGGAUCCUCACAUGCCAAAGGAGACGGGACUAUGAAGAAGAUACGAAAGCCAAAACCUUGGAAGCAUCCUCAGCCCAUAACGAAGUCUCAGCUUGUACAAAUGCGUGAUGAAUUUUGGGAUACUGCUCCUCACUAUGGUGGAAGGAAAGAAAUUUGGGAUGCUCUACGCGCUGCUGCUGAAGCUGAGCUAAGCCUUGCGCAAGCUAUUGUGGACAGUGCUGGUGUUAUUGUUCAGAAUGCUGAUUUGACAAUAUGCUAUGAUGAAAGAGGCGCAAAAUACGAACUGCCCAAGUAUGUUUUGAGUGAACCAACCAACUUAAUCCGGGGUGCCUGAGCACAGGAAAGCAAUUACCACCACUGUACACAGAUUCUAAUGUACAUCAUGUAUAUUAUCUCUUAGCAUAUCUAUAAAAGAUGGGGUACCUUAUGCAUUUGCUUUUGGAACUUUUUCUCUUCUGCUGCAAAAUACUGUUGUCAACUGAACAAGAGCCAACAAUUGUUUACUUUUAGUGAAAAGAUCUCAUAUUUCUUAUGAAAA